CCCCAACCAGACCCUUUCAACCCCGCACUAUCCGCUCAUCCUCAGCACAAGAAAGCAACAAUGGCGGGCCCGUCCACCACAAACGACUUCCAGAACAACGGCGCUGCCUACUACCUCGAUCCAAAUCAGCAGGACCUCUUGCUCGCCGCUCUUGCCUCCAACAACCAGAACCCGGCCGACAUGUUGGCCGCUCUCGACGCCCCCACGGGCAAUCGCCAGGGCGCCCAGAAUUUCCAGUACCCCAUGGACAACCUCGACCCUGCCGCCUUCUUUGCUUCUCCCCAACAGGACAUUGGCACAAACUUCAAUAGCAAUAACAGUAUCGAGGAGAGUCCCUUUGUUGACUACCUCGACGGCGACAAUUUUGAUUUCGACAAUGCCGACGACGCAGACUUGAUGAUUGGCGCCCUUCCUGGCGACAGCCCGGAGAAGUCGGAUGAGACUUCGGAGAAGCGCAAGAGCCCCGACGACGAUGUCGAGGACCCAGACGGCGGUGGCAAGCGGAGAGAGGGUGAGGACAAGCAGGCUAAGAAGCCUGGCAGGAAGCCUCUCACGUCCGAGCCCACAACUAAACGCAAGGCCCAGAAUCGCGCUGCCCAGCGUGCUUUCCGCGAGCGCAAAGAGAAGCACCUCAAGGAUCUCGAGACCAAGGUCGCUGAGCUCGAAAAGGCGUCCGACGCUACCAACCACGAGAACGGCCUUCUCCGUGCUCAAGUGCAGCGUCUCCAGGUCGAGCUGCGCGAGUACCGCAAGCGUCUCUCGCUCAACAGCGCUGGUGCCGGUGCCGGCGCCAACCGUUCCUCAUCGUUGAUGGGCGGAUUCAGCUCUCUGCUAACCAAUGGAGGUGCCAAUGCUAGCAAUUUCCAGUUCGAAUUCCCUCGCUUCGGCGGUCUUCCCGGUUCACAUAUCCUCGACAAUGGGCCUCUUUCCCAGAAGAAGUCGUCAGUCCCGACUGCCAGUACACCUUCGACUGCUACGCAGACUCGCCAGAACAGCACUGGCCGAAGCCUGAGCCCAAAGAGUGCAACCAACUCUGCUGGCGCCAGUCCAGCCUCAACUACCAACGGCAAUGUUCAGCGCUCUGGUAGCACGGGUGGCUUCUACAACUUCAACAACGGAUCCACUACCACUGACGCAUCGCCUGCUCAGAGCCGUGUGUUCCACUUCAACAGCAACUCGUCGACGCAUUCAGUCGACUCGCCGGCAUCUUCCAACUCGGCGGGCCCCACCUCGUCGUGUGAUACGUCGCCAGAGCCUAGCCACGCUUCGCCCAAGAACCCAGACACCAUCGCUGAUGGUUAUGUCUGUCAUGGAAAUUCGGAAGGUACCCUCCCAACUCCUGCUACCGAUUUCAGCACAUUGAACUCCUUCGACUUUUUCGCCAACCAGAAUGGCGGUGGAUUUGAUCCAACCCUGUUCGGCGAGUAUCGCGAGUCCCAAGCUGCCAUCGUAGGUGACGGCGAGUUCACCAACGGCUUCUUCAACGAUGCAUUCCCAAUGGCCGACUUUGGUAGCCCCUUCCACUUCGGUGACACUCCCGCUGUGCCGAAGUCCAACCCGCUCGAGGAGAUUGAGCGUUUGCAAGAAGGAGAAGAUGAGGUGGUUCCUGGCGAGGACGUCUCGCAGAUGCUCAACUGCCACAAGAUUUGGGACAAACUGGCCAACCGAACCGACUUCAAGGAUGGCACUAUCGACAUAGACAACCUAUGUUCCGAACUGCGCGCAAAGGCUCGCUGCUCCGAGAGCGGAGUCGUUGUGGACCACAAGGACGUAGAGGCAGCCCUCCAGCGUCUGCCCAAAGACCAAGUAAAGGCGUAG